AUGGAGAAGUACAUGUCAUUUUCUCUAGGGAACCUGAGAUUUAUUGAUUCCUUGCAAUUUCUAAAUGCUCCUCUAGACACACUGGUGUCCAAUUUGGUAGCAGAGGGAGUUGAUAAAUUCCCGAAUUUGUCGAGACACUUCCACAACGAGGAGCAUCUCCAACUUCUUCUUCGAAAAGGGGUAUACCCAUACGAUUACGCAACGUCACCCGAAAAGUUUGAUGAAAACAAAUUACCUGGACAAGAUCAGUUUUAUAAUAAACUUACAGAAACGGAUCUGUCCGACGCAGAUUAUAGACACGCGCAAUCGGUCUGGCACACCUUCGAUAUGACUUGUUUUGGUGAGUAUCAUGACCUUUACUUAAAGACGGAUGUCUUGCUGUUGGCCGAUGUGUUCGAGAACUUUCGAUCAAUCAGUUUAGAAUAUUACCAUUUAGACCCCGCCCAUUAUUACUCGGCUCCCGGGUUUUCAUGGGACGCUAUGCUAAAAAUGACUGGGGUAGAACUUCAACUUCUAGACGAUAUCGACAUGGUACUGAUGGUUGAAAAAGGUAUCCGCGGAGGCGUGUCCAUGAUUUCAAAAAAGUUUGCACAGGCUAAUAAUCCCAAAGCACCUGAAUAUGACCCAUCGAAACCAAACACCUGGCUCACGUACCUAGAUAUGAAUAAUUUGUACGGUACGAGUAUGUCUGAAUCCUUACCGGAAAAAGACUUUGCAUGGCUGACACCUGAACAAAUUUCAAAUUUAGUUGUUUCUAACAUUGACGACAACGCGGACACGGGUUACAUUUUAGAAGUUGACCUUGAGUAUCCGGAACAUUUACAUGACAAACAUAAUGACUACCCCUUGGCCCCCGAGAACAUCGGCAUUACGAAAGAUAUGCUUUCUCCCCAUUCUCAAGAUCUUCGAGAGAAAUUAAAUAUCAAAGGCAAACCAUUCAGAAAACUAGUUCCAAAUCUAUACCCCAAGCAACAAUACGUCCUCCAUUAUCGAAACUUGAAAUACUAUCUCUCCAAAGGCAUGCUACUUACAAAAAUCCAUCGAGUUAUUGAAUUUAAACAAUUCGCUUGGUUGAAACCUUACAUUGACUUUAAUACAAUCAAAAGAAAACAAGCCAAAAACGACUUUGAGAAAGACUUUUUCAAACUAAUGAACAAUUCCGUUUUUGGUAAGACAAUGGAAAACAUGAGGAAGAGAGUCAGCGUUGAGCUGGUGAAUACACCAAAACGACUCAGAAAAGUAUGUGCUAAACCAAAUUUUCAGUCUUUUAAAAUUUUUAACAAAGAUCUUGUUGCAGUCAACAUGAAGAAAACAAAUAUUAUCUUAAAUCGGCCGAUUUAUGCAGGGUUCUGUAUUCUAGAGGUAUCAAAGAUAUUCAUGUAUGAGUUCCAUUAUGAUUUCAUCAAACAAAAGUACGGACCAAAAGCAGAAUUAUUAUUCACUGACACGGACUCUCUCGCGUACUGCAUAGAAACACCUGACUGGUACGGGGACAUUCGAGACAAUGCUGACCUGUUUGACACUAGCAAUUUCCCAAAAGACAGCUCUUUGUUUAGCAUGAACAAUUGCAAAGUCCUCGGUAAAAUGAAAGACGAGUGUAGCGGUCAAAUUAUGGACCAGUUUGUAGGAUUAAAACCCAAAAUGUAUAGUCUGACAUGUGGGGGUGUAGAGAAACGUACGGCUAAAGGAGUGAAGAAAUCAGUCAUUGAAAAGCAACUGAGACAUCAAGCGUAUUUACUCUGUCUUUCCGAACAAAGCAGUUGCAAACAUAAAAUGAAUCUUAUACGUAGUUUCGAUCACCAACUCUAUAGUAUAACGGUCAACAAGACCAGUCUGUCUCCGUAUGACGACAAACGGUAUUUCACUGGCAUAGACAGUUUGGCUUAUGGUCAUUAUACAAUUUCACAAACAUGA